UCGAUCAUCCUUGAAGACGCGCGCCGAGAGCUUUGCGGCGGAAAUCUGGACUUCAUCGCCACCGUCGACAACACUGGUCUGGUGGUCGCCUUCAAUCCUGGGCCCGACUACAACGACAGGGUGUCGGACACAGAGUUCCUGGAUCUCCAGUAUGAGUAUCGCGCGUUCAGGAGCCUCAUCGAGAAUUCAAGCGAGCUGGUUUUGGACAGCUACGAAGGCUCCUUAAGCAGCCUGGCGUACGGGUUCAGAGGCAGCCGGUUCACGGUGGAAGGCAAACUUUGGCAGGACCUGGCCGAUGCCACCUCCCAGCUGAACAUCUUGUGCUAUGAUCUGGACUACCCAGGCUCCGAGUUGUGGGGCACCGUCUCGGAGGUCCUGAACUCCCUGGACGUCUCGGAAGCGCUGAGCGGCGAGUCCCCCACGGCAGGGCCCUUCCUCUCCUGUGUGGACGUGGGCCCCCGGUGCGGCGAGGAGAGCACGUUCGGCACCCGCGCCAGGCAGUACUGCCCGAUCACCUGCGGCUGCGACCACGCAGCCAGCGCGCUCGCCCUUUUCGUUCCCGAGCACGGCUGCCCCGCCGCCUGCACCACCGGGCAGCGCUACCUGCAGACCCUGGGCGGGAUGACCUGCUCGGACUGGGCCCCCGAGUCCCCGCGGACGUACCACGGGGCGGACUGGUACCAGGGAACAGACCUGGUCCAAGCCUACACGGAUGGUCUGCGGCAGACCACGUGGCCGCCAGAGGUCAUAGAACACAUGAUCCAGACUAUGUCUGACGCCAUAGCUACCAUCGGCUGCGCGGGGGUUGCCCAGGCCAUGCUGUCGUACAACGACUCGGAUCCAAAUCCAUGGCAAUUCGGAAACCUGUGCGCGGAGACCAAUUUGUACGGCUUCCGGCCCAUAACGACCAUCUGCCCG